AUGUGCAGGUCAGCCGCCGCACAGUGCUACUUGGUCGCCGUGAUAUGCGCGGUGGCCGGGGUGGCGGCCGUCAGCCGACACCCGGUGACGGUGGUCGUGUCGUUCGACGGUUUCCGGCCCGAAUACAUCCGGCAGAACCUGACGCCGACAAUGGCCCGGUUCCGGAACGCUUCCGCCGCGCCGCCGUACAUGCGCGCGACGUUCCCCACGAAGACGUUCGUUAACCAUUUCACCAUGGCCACCGGAAUGUACCCGGAGACUCACGGCGUGCUCGACAAUUACAUGUUCGACCAAAACAACAAAACGAUGCACUACACGUACGAGCAGUUCCACUACGACGAUUCGUUGGUGCCUAUCUGGAUACAAAACGAAGUCAAUGGAGAUGGACGAUAUAGCGGUGUAAUGAUGUGGCCAGGUUCCGACUUUGCAUAUCAAGGCAAAAAACCUACCUAUAUGCAAAUAUACAACCAUUCAAUGCUUUGGAAUACUCGUAUAGACAAAAUUAUGUCAUGGAUUAAAGAUGAAAAAAAACCAGCCAAUCUAGUGUAUAUGUAUUUUGAUGAACCGGACAAAACUGGUCAUUUAAAAGGAAUAAAUUCAAAAGAGAUUCAAGAUCAAAUUGUGAGAGUAGACAUAGCACUAAGGUAUUUACUCGACCAUAUAAAAUCUGAAAAUCUAGAAAACAAAAUAAAUCUCAUUAUUCUCAGUGAUCAUGGUAUGGAUACAGUUACGUAUGACCGAAUGAUACAUUUAGAUAAAUAUGUGACUAAUACAACUUACAAAAAGGUUUCAUCAGGUCCUAAUGUGUUCAUACGUCCAAAUGAACAUAAAUUUGACGAAAUUUAUACAAAUCUUUCCAAAAUAGCCAAUACUACCAACACAUUCAGUGUAUUUAAAAAAGAUCAAUUAUUGGACCGUUGGCACAUGAAAAAUAAUACUAGAUUAAACAAUACUAUUUAUUUGUUGGCUAAUCCUGGAUACGCCUUUUGGGAUGAAUAUUAUGAACUAAUUUUGAGCGGAACAACAAAAGAGAAAUUCAACGUAGGGGCGCACGGGUACGAUAACGAGGAACCGCAGAUGCGAGCCAUUUUCAUGGCCUCCGGACCGGCGUUCAAGCAGAACUACACCGCCCAACCGUUCAACAACGUCGACCUUUACUCACUGAUCUGCCGGAUCGCGUCGCUAAAAGAGCCGAACCGACGUCCUGACGGAACUAUAAAAGGCGUGGAACAGCUACUGUCUAACAAGUCCGGCGGUACCGCCGCCGCCACGUCCACGGCUCCCGUCAUAGGUAUAUUGUCAGCUAUGUUACUACACGUGAUUACAGCACAUAGUCUGUGAACCACAAAUCCGAAUACCAUCUUCGCUAAACUAGUCAGACCCAAAAUUUCAUGGUUACAUCUCGACGUUCCAGUUUUCGAGUGGGUCCGAAACAUUUUUCGAAUCCUAUAAACUAAUACAAUUAUUAUUGUUAUGGUUCUGUCGUUCGACAUUUUAUUCCUUUUCAUUAAUAUAUUAUUUUAAUAUCAAACAACUAUUUUAUUUGAUUAAUUCAUCAGCAGAACAUACGUACAUUUUAAUGUGACACACGAUUUACAUAUAACAUAUUUAACAUGAAUAUAGUUAGCGGUUCAUGUAGUAUCCUAUCACAAUCGUAUCGGAGAUACAAUUUUGAUUAUUCUAACGAGAUCACAAUACCUUAGGGGUUUAAAAUAUUGUUUUACUCUGCGUUAUUAAAUUCGUACGUGUUUAUAUCAAUGUGCCUUAUUUCAAGAUCGUGUAUCGUUUACUCGUUUAUGUAAUAUAUAUAGUAAAGUAAAUACUAUAAUAUGUGUACGUUAGUUAUGUUUUUUUCUAAUCACUAAAUUUUUUACAUAUAUUUAUGAAAUAUAAGUUACGACUUUAUGAGAUUUUCAAAGCAAAAUCAAGAGAUAUGAUUUAAAAAAAAAAUCAUAUUUAUAUUUUUAAGUAAAAUUAUGUAUAUUUAAAUCUAAUACAACGUAUUUUGAUUAACUAUAUAGCGUUUAUAAUGUAAUUGCAAUUAUAGUAUAUUUUUCAAUAAAAUUAUAAUAUAUUAAAUAAUAAACUUGUCUAAAUUA